UGCCAAUCGAGAGUCAAGUUUUAUUUUUUGUUCAUACCUUAAAAAAAUUGCCAAGAAAGAAAUGUUUAUACAGUUCCCAAAUAAAAGGCUAAUUGAAUAAUUGACCUUUCUUCAUACAUUCCAUUAAACCAUUCUAUAAACCCGCUUAGGUACAUCGACUGACUGCUUCGUAGCACAUUCCAUAUUCUGAUUUUAACCACCAUUCUAACAAACGUUUGACAAAUUCCUUUCAGUCCAAAAUUCAAAAAUUGAUUAUGCUUUUUUUAUAGAAAAAAGAAUAUUUAAAAAUCAAUUUUCUGUAACAAACGUGGCGAAGCAGGACCUUUGAAUUGGAAUACUACUGUGUCAUUACGAGUCUCUUCAUCUGCAAAUUAUUUAUUAAGCAAAUUAACAUCUUUUUUGAGCAAUGACAUUUGAGAAAUCAAAUGCGAACCUUCCUCCUGCCAUAAAUCGACAAACAGGGCUCGUUCUUUUGCAAUUAAAAGAGGAAGAGGAAAACCAACGAAAGGAAUUAUUGAAAUAUCAAAAGUUAUUAAGAAACGAAAAUGAUGCGAAUGCCGAGUUGGAGGCUACAAUAGACGAAUUACGAAAAAAAACUGAUCAUUUACGACACCAAAAUCAGCAAAACGACAACUUUCUUAAAAGUUUUCAUGAUGAAAGUGGUAGCUCCGUUCAUCGAAAAUCGGAGCUCCGUGACAAAAUAAAAGUAUUAGAAGAUUCAGUUCUCAAUUACCACGCUUCCUUAAAGCGAGACCAGGCACAGUUGAAAGUGAUAUUGCAGGAAAGGGAUUUGGCAAAGUCGAUUUCUGAGAAACUACAGACUUCGCUCAACGUUCUACAUUCACAGAGUAAUCCGCAACUUAUUCAGGAUCUUAUAGUAGAGACGAAGAAUUGUAAAUCACGGGUUACUGACCAGAUUGACCACAGCGGAGACUUACUUCGUCAUUACAGCGAUAUAUCAGAUCGUAUGGAAAAGAUGUACACCCUUCUGGUAGACACCAGCCGUGCUCAUCGGGUCGCCCUUACCGAUGCCACAAAGUCAUAUACUUACUUAUUUGAUUCCAACCUUACUAAUACAAGACAUCAGGCAGAAGACAUUUCUGCCUUUGUCGAAAAGUUCCAGUCGAAAAAACUACCUUCAUUACAAAGCGAAUUCAUCAAUUACAAGUCUUUGAAAGACUUUGCCGGUUAGCUACUUUCGUUUAUCGUAUGUUUGCAUUAUACACGUAUAGAAUACUAAUUAAUACUAUUAUCUCUUCA